CUCUUUCGAUACACAGCUGACGGCAAUUCAACUCACCAGAAAUCUUAGAUAGUUUUUGUGUUUAUAUUUUUUGGCAAACAAAAUGGAAAAUGCUGCGGCCACAUCAAGCAGCGGGACGGAUGGCAGGAAUACCGAGGAACAGCGACGCAUUUGGGUGGGAAAUCUGGACUCUCGCAUCACCGAGUUUCAACUCCUCAAACUGAUGCAAAAAUGCGGUGCCAUCGAGAAGUUCGACAUGCUGUUCCACAAGGGCGGCCCCAUGGUUGGCCAGUCGCGUGGCUACGCCUUUGUCACAUUCGCUCAGAACGAGGGCGCCACUAAUGCCUUGCUAAAGCUGGAUGGCACCAGCGUGGGCAAUCGCUCCAUAGCCGUUCGUCUUGCCAAAAACAUCAAAUAUGAUGACCUACAGAAGCCCAAGCCGCGCAUUGAGAUCCCUGCCCUGGGCAGCGGCAAGCGCGAGGAGAAGAUCAGCAAGUCUGAAGCCAUACGAGCCAUUGAGGCCAAAUUAAAAGUUUUGGAACGGCAGACGGAUGACAAUCUCGAGCUCAAUACCAUGGGCAGGGGUGAGGCAAAUGUGCCCUUUAUCCAGCGCUAUCAGUUCAACAAGGAUCGGGACGGAACGCAGCGCUACGGCAAGUCGUCCUCCGCCCCAUAUCAUCGACAGCAGCGACCCAAGCGACGCUAAAACCUCCGCCUCCACACCCAUUUAGUCUGUAAACAAAAAUCUAUAGUAAUCUUAGGACGCUACCUCAGCAGACGAGCCUCCUGGCAGGUGUAAUUUACAAUUUAUUUAUUAAAAAAACAAAAGACGAGAUAAA